AGAAUGGCCUAAUUAAUAUUGUAUUAAGUCGCGAGACGUGUCUCGCGCGCAAAUCAACUGCACUCGCCUGUGAACCGACAACAAAGAUAGACAUACUUUCAGUUCACAAUCUGAAAUGUGUCGUCUUCCUUUUGUUUAAACCACACCCCAAACAGUUUUAACAGGUGAGGUCACCUCGGCUCCCGUCACUGUACCGUGUGACUCGGCAGGAGAAACCGGAUGUCAUGGCUGUGCCUUUACCGCAUGACAGCAGUAAUGCAGCAUUCGACUGGUUCACUGAAUUCCAUCGUACCUGCAUCCUAAAGAACGGGAUCGUUCCAGAAUGGUUCCAUGGAAUAAUAUCCAGGAAGGCUGCGGAGGACAUGCUGAUGUGCAAACCUCCUGGUUACUUCCUCAUCCGCGUCAGCGAGAGCAGAGUGGGUUGUACGUUGUCGUAUCGAGCUGAAGAUCGCUGCAGACACUUCAUGAUCGACGUCUUGCCAGAUAACCAGUAUGUUAUAGUGGGAGAAAAGACGUGCUUCUCUUCCCUCCAUGACUUGGUGGCCUUUCAUCGAAGAAACCCCAUUCUCCCCUACAACGACCUGCUCACCGUGGCCUGCGAACAGGGUGGUAAAAAUAACUACGCUGAGUUGUUGUUUCCUCAAAAGAAAGAUGCAAGCCCCGGACAGGUUGAAUGGAUGCAUUUUUCAACUCCGACCCCUUCGGCUCAUUCAGAUAUCCCUGAACAAAACCCGACUUCGCCGCUCCAAAACGAAUCAUCUGCGCUACCUACAAGUCCUUCUGCGAGACUGUAUCCCAGCUUGGAGACGGAAAUGAGCGCUUUGAAUCUGCAGAGCAUGAAUCAGCCAACAAAGCCCACUGCAAAGCCUCGAACAAUAUUUACGCCCAAGCCCCCAGCCGAAGACACGCCGCCGCAGUUACCGCCCAGAGCGUGCCUGCCAAACCGCCCGCAAGCCACCGCGGACGCUGACAGAUCGCAAGGGGCGACGCCGGCAAGCUCUGACAGACAUCAGAUCCUACCCGAAACCCCCGUCGAAGGCCGGACCCAGCAGAGAAUCCAGCAACCUUUGAAACCGGUGGUCUUGGGCCUGGCGCAAAUUAAGAAGAAGCUUAAAAAGAACCGCUCCAAGGAGCACAUGUAUGAGGAGAUCGCUAAAGAUGCGGGUCAGGAAAACGCUUUCUCUGCUUUGGAGAGCGGUAACGCGAACCCUAAACAACCGGAGGAAAACGACUAUCAGGAAUUAACCGAAACAUGCACAGUCGAGGGCCGUCGGGCAUCUGACGGGAUUCCCAACUUUGCAGAUAGACAGUUACCGCUGGAGUACUUAAAUCCACCUCCUUUCGCACCUGGUUAUUAGAUAAAAACAUAAAGACGGCUGGCUUUACUUUUUUUUUGUCAAUGUCACUGAAUAACGUGCCAACAUCGCUCUUCUUUGUUGUGUUGUUCUGUUUCGCUAUGCUGCACUUCAAUUUCUGACUCAAUGCAUUCCGAAGGUUCGUCGUCUGGAAAAACCUGUUGGACACGGUAAAAUAUUUGAAUAUAUUGAUAACAGAGUUGCGCCUGAGGGCAUGAGUUUGAAUAUGCUACUGGAUUAUGCUUCCUAAAAUCUGGCACUUUACAUAAAUGAAUAGAAAAAACAACAAAUUGUAAAUAUUUGCUUUUUACUGCAGUUGUUCAAUAAAUGUACAGGCGAUGCUAGAAA